GGGGUGGGAACGCACAGUUUCGGCGAGCGGCAUCCACACAGCGGGGGGUGGCGGCGACGAGGCGGGUGCAGGAGAAGAUCAGGGACUGGCGGUCGGCCUUGGGUAGUGGGGAGGAGGCAUCGGCGCGGAUCUUUGAGUGCGCUCUCACCACGCGGGUUUCAGUGGCGCUGCAGCGUGCGCAGGCGAACAUUAUCACACAGCAUGCAGUGCGACAGCUGGGAGAGUCGGACGAUGCAUGGAUGCCGAUACCGGUACCGCUUGGCGCAGGCAGCUGGAGCGGACAUCACAUCAGUGGCUGCUUUGACAGUGUGGCCGAUAUGCAGUACCUGUUUGAUGGCUAUGUGUAGAUGAAAACAAGAGUAGGCUG